AUGUUGGUCUUUUUUGUGCUGCAGGCAGAGCAGUGCAAUGAGCGUGAGAGACUUAGGAUGAGGAUUGCUCUUCUGGAGGCAAGUGUGAAGUCCUGUGAGUUGGAGACCAGGUCCAGCAGGGAGACCGUCCAGAGACUCAUGUCAGACCUGGACCAGGAGAGAAGGAAGACUGCCAACUCUGCUGCUGCUCUGGACUCCCUUAAAGUGGAGUAUGAGGCUCUACUGUGUGGAAAGAGAAUCACUGAAUCAGAAAAGCUCGCUCAGUGUGAACGACUGGAGGCAGGUAAAAGAGUGAUCGACGCUGCAAAGAGAGAGUCCCAGUGUCUGGAGAGACAGGCCAUUUCAGACGUGGACACAGAGCUGCAGCGAGUGUCCGCAGAGCUCCAGGAACAAACAGAACUGACCCGCAGGACUCUGCAGAGGACCGACCGGUCCCAAAACCUGGUCCAGGACUUGACCGAGCGCCUUCACAGACUGGAGCGUGAGCUGCAGAGGGCGGGCGAGCACAGGGACGGACUACAGCAGGACAAACAGCACUAUGAAGAGUUCUUGGAGAAGCUUUCUGAGAUCCUGAAAGUGGAGACUAUUGCUCUGGACGUGGGCUUCGAUCUGAGACUCAACUUAAUUGUGUCCAGAGCAGAGCAGCUGAUGAGGCAAGAGGGCGACGCUUUGGUCCAGAGCAAGUCCCUGAGCUACAGCCUGCAGAGGAAGGUGAAAUGUCAGAAGGAGCAGUUGGAGAGCAAAGCUCUGCACAUCCAGCUCCUGAGAAAGAAAGUGCUGGAGCUGGAGGACUCUGCAGUCGCCGCUCAGAGAGAAGAAGAGAAGGUCGAGAACAAACGACUCCAGAAGAAAGUGGAGCGACUUCAGACUGAGCUCCGAGCCUUCAGACUGUCCAGCACCGAGCUCAAGGCCCAGCUCAGCCACAGCCACGAGCUGAAGGUACAGGGCCGAGGGGUGCGCACGGGCCCCAGGGCCCCAGGGCCCCAGGGCCAGAGGACUGUACACGCCAUGAGGAGUUAG